UCACCAUCGGAUUCAGGAGCACUGACUUGACUUAGAACAUCAAUAAAAAAUGUUUUGAUUUUUUCAAUUCAGUGGGCACUUUAACCAACUGCGAUAAGAAAGGGGGAGGAAGCAAUUGAAAGCCUCUGCGGGGGAGAUUCAGUUUUCCGUGGAAACCAGAGCUUUUAUUGUUUAUUGUACUCCUGUAUAACCUGUAUGCUUUUAUUGUCUUAGUUUCUGUGGUUUGGUGCUUUAAGGACAACUUCACCUGGCACAUCUAAAGAUAGGGCGUUUUCAGUCCAAGAACAACUGUACGCACUGUAACAGAGAAAACUUGCAGUGCCAAUUAUUCCAAGAUGUCAUUUGUAUUGCCAAGUCCUAAAUUUAUAAUUGCAAGCUUCUUCGUUGUGUUUUUCAUAAUUGUUGGACCAAAAUACUUUUUGAAAAGAUUAUACUCAGUAGAUGGUGGAUAUACAGAAUGGAGUAGCUGGAGUCUUUGUAUGAGAGACUGUGGAGACUCCUUACAAGGUAGAUAUCGCAAUUGCACAAACCCAAAACCCAAUGGAUUUGGAAGAGAUUGCAUGGACAUUGGCAGCCAUUUUGAAACGAGGCCUUGCAAAAUUCGUGAUUGUCCCAUUUCUGGUGGUUUAGGACCAUGGAGUGAUUGGGGUGAAUGCAAUAGGCCAUGCCAAUCUGGAGAUAGAAAACGAAGCCGCAAAUGUGAUAACCCUGCCCCUGCAUUUGGUGGCAGAGUAUGCAGUGGUCCUUUGGAAGAAACCCAGAAAUGUUUGCAUUUAAAGCCUUGUCCAAUCAAUGGAGGUAUGUCAAAUUGGGGAGAUUUCAGUGGAUGCUCAGUAACUUGUGGACCUGGACAUAAAACCCGAACUCGCCAGUGUAAUAAUCCAGCCCCACAGUUUGGUGGAGAAAAUUGUCAAGGUAAUCUUCAAGAAAUUGCUGACUGUAAAGAAAAGGACUGUAUCAUACCUCCUACAUCGAACACUACACAGUCAUAGAAUUUGAAGGCUUAUCACUAUUUUAAUAUUCUAUUUAAUAUGGUUAGUUUGUUGUCAUAUUUAAAGUAUCCUUUGAUGCUCCGGGAAGCUGUCCUUCGAAUCUGAAACUACCCCAUUUGCUAUAUAGACUUUAGGCACAAAAGUAUGUAUUUGUACUAAAACCUUGCCUUUUUGAUAGGUAUGACUUAUAAGUGUACAAAUUUUAGCUCCCUGAUUACUAUAUGUAUGUUUUAUUAUGUGCUUGACCAGAGAAAGGCUAAUUCCUUUGCGUGGACUUAAAUAUAAAAUAAGAACAUGCAUAAUUGGUGCACACAGCCUUGGACUACUAUCUUUUGCAUAUUUUUUUACUGCAAAUAAAUAUGUAUUUUAAAAAGGAACCUCCCCAAAAAGCAUUUCCAGACUCAAAGGCUCUUUUUAAUCCCUUUGAUCAAAACAAAAGGCUUAAUCAUUGUUAAGAGACAGAAAUUCUUGAAAAAACUGUGCCAUGUAUGGAUGUAAAUAUGUUAGUACCAAAUAUUUUCAGCAUUCAGGGUGUACUUGUUCUUUAUUAAUAGGAUUGUUUAAGAUAUAAAGCUUGUUGUAUAUCUGAUGAUUCUUAGUAUUUUUGCAAAGGUUAGCAUGCCCUGAGCCAUUUUUUACUAUUUGAAGGCAGACCUCGUUAUUAAUCUGCGCGAGCGUGGGAGCGGAGCUCGCAGGCACAAAAGUUCAUGCUACAAUUUCUGCAAGCACUUUUCUGAAUCAAAUUUUAUUCACCUUUUUUAAUUUACAAUCAUGCUCUUUCUUAAUAUCUUUCUUGGUAUCAAUUGGAAGUAGAAUUUCAAAGGAUAAAGUUGUAAGUCUUUUCUACCUAAAAUCAUUGCUCUAAUUGCGUGAGUUUGCAUA